AUGUUAGGAUUUGAUAGAUAUUUUAUUCGUGGUUUUGUGAAAGUUACAAUUUCAGUUUUUAAAUCAUCGCGGUUAAACAAAAAAAAAACAUUAAAACGUAAGAGUAAUGUGUUUAUAAAACGAACUUGGGGUGACGAUAAGCCUCCUUAAUCUUAGUUUUGUAUGGCGUUAUAGUUCAAGGUUAAAUUAUGCCAAAUGUUAAUCUAAAAUGCCACAGUGUUUUGUUUUUUCCCCUUUCACCCUGUGAGUUUCACGCCUCUUUGUCCAAUAUUCAUGAAAUCCAGUCAGAAUGUCUGUUUGUAUAGGGUCUACAACAAAGACACCAGCAUCGUUCUAUCAUCUCCUGUUCUAUCAGUAUUACAUACACUGCUUUGUUCGGCGCGAAGUUUCCUUUUGCUCCAUCUUGCAGCAACUUCCGUUUAAUGUCAUAUUAUAGUAUUACUACUAUUUUGCAGUUAUACAAGGCGAUAAUUUAAUCCGGCAGAUCUGCAUAAGCAGCCAACAAUUUCCCCACAUGAAGCAGAAAUGAAGCAGUAAAAACAAUAGACGCACUCUUGUAAGUUUUACAACCUUGAUUUAAUUUCUGAAACAAGUACUUCCUCGUUAAAAGGGCAAAUCGUAAACUGAACCCGGAACAAAAAUGCUGUAUUAUAGUAUAGGUUUAUCGCAACCAACAAUCAGUGGACUGUCGUAUUUGUUUCAAUUGUGUGAAACAGGAAGCAACAGAACAUGACAGGAUUUAUUAAAUAUUUUGGCCUGGGUGCCAUACUUUCUGCAGUACAAGUUACGGGGAUAGAUUUCACUAUUUCAAGAGAUAGAGUUGUGAUUGGUAGUACUGGAACAUUAACAAUGACAUGUGAUGUCACUGGAAACGAUGUUCAAACUAUUUACCUUAUUCAGAUACUGCGAGAAACUACGCCAGGAUCAGGUAGAUUUGAAUCAGUUGUGGAAAUGGAAAACGCUGAUGGUCCUGUAUUAAAAGUAACAAACAACAAAGAUUUUGUUGCUGGAGGCACGUAUAAUUCCGGAAACACAUAUUUGUCAGUGAGCAUGAAUAUAAGUAAGUUGGUGUGCAACGAUGCCAGGGCUUACAAAUGUGUAUUGACAUAUAAAAGUACUAUAGUUAGUUCUCCAGUGACAUUGGAAAAGAAUGGUACCUUUUCAGCCUAUGUUUACCCUCAAAUGAUGCAAUUAGAAGGGAGGAAGAAUGACGUUAUAGUACACCAGGGAUCGUCAUCUUCAGAUCAGGCAGCAUUUAAUGCCGGUGAUGUAUUGAAACUUACUUGCACCGCUAAUAUUGGAAGUUUAGCAGAAACAACAAUCAGAUGGCGAAAGACUUCUGAAAUGGGAACAACGGAUGAGUUUAUAGGGUAUCAACCACCAGCAGGAUCAUUUGAUGAAGGCAUUGCAAUAAGUGACAAUCAGUGUGGUUAUAUCCGAGUAGCAACAAUUACAUAUAACACUACAGCUUGUGAUGCAAUCAGGGAUAACAACCUAGCAUUUGAGUGCUAUGUUUCUGUUAGUGGAAAUCCUUAUGGAACAACUUAUACCACACAGGACAAUUCUCGGUUUUAUGUGGAUGUCAGCGGCGGUGAUCAGGCAAACGGAGGGGACAAGGGAAUAUCUGACGACAAGGGAAUAUCUGACAACAAAGUGACUAAACGGGAUUUAACAGCAGGAGCAAUAGGUGGUGUGAUUGUUGCUGUGGUCAUUCUAGGAGUCGGCGUUAUUGUUGUCAUUGUACGGAGACAGUUAACUACAAACAGUAAUAAAGCGCACAGAACUAGAUUUCAAACGGAAAAUAGUUCCAAUGGGAAAAACCAAAUCCAGCCACGAACUCAACCAGAAAUGGAAAUGUUUGGUCAGUCUUCCAUGCCGGGCAUAUAUGAACAUCUACAAAAUAAUGUAGAAAUGGAAAAUAAGAAUGUGUAUGAGUCCAUGGACUCCCAAAUAAAAAGCCCGAGGGAAAACCAUGUUCCAGCGUUAUUUUAUAUCUGA